UAACAAUAAAUUAUCAAUUGGUUUUUAUGUCAGCAGCCGACGAUGUCAAUAAGAAGCGGAAAACUGCAAAGGAAGUUGAGCAAGAAGAAUGUGAAAUAUAUCAGAAUGUAGUUUUCAAUAGUAUUGUUGAUUCCAAUUCGAAGCAUGAGUUAGUCGACCCUUCCUUGCAAAAGCUGGGAGCGAAAUCAAGAGGAAAAGUGACUUUCCUUCUAGAACAAGCGAGUCUUGAGUUGGUCAAGAUUGACAGGAAGUGGGAAAUUCUAAACGGAGAUGAACACCAACAAUAUAUGAAACGAAAGAACCUCAAUCCUGCUGAUUAUCGUCCCGAUAUAGUACACCAGUGUGUGUUGAGUCUAUUGGAUAGUCCAUUGAAUAAGGCCGGAUAUUUGGACUUGUAUAUUCAUACUACGAACAAUGUAUUGAUCAAAGUAAAUCCUCAGACACGUAUUCCGCGAACAUUGAAGCGUUUUUGCGGUUUAACGGUACAACUAUUGCAAGACUUGAAGAUAUUUGGCCAUGGUCUGAACAAGCCUCUUCUCCAGAUUAUACAGAACCCUAUUACUAACCAUCUACCCGACAUGUGCUGGAAGACAGUAUGUUCUUACAAUUGUGAGAAUUUAAUGAGUCCUCAUAAGCAUGCCCAAGAAGUGCUUAAGAAAGAUAUGAAUAUACUUUAUGUAAUUGGAGCAAUGGCCCAUGGAAAGAUUGUAGAGGAGUGGGCAGACGAAGAGUUGAAGAUUUCCUCGUUUCCUUUGUCAGCUUCUGCAGUAUGUCACCGAAUAUGUUCAGCAUAUGAAAUUCUUUAUGAAGUUCUAUAGAAAAGUUUUGAGAGAUGAUGAGAAUUCCGUCAUCCUUGCACUGAAGGUUGCCUUUUUAUGUGUAGGGUUUCCUUCUGAAGACAUAUUUUUGAGUUCUCUGAUCUUAUUUCUUAAUAAUGGAAAUUUGAUAGUUAUUCAAAUGCUUUUUUUGACAUAUGUUUCUAGAGCUUAUCUUUAUGUUUUACUAGUUGAUAGAUUGUUCAACUCUAACCACGAUAGCUUUUCUAAAGCUGUUAUUUUCAAGUUUUUCUUUGAUAAAUCAUUCAAAAAUGUACUUUUUGACACUGUUCAUAUCCCAUUGACCUCUCGUAUCAAAUUGUCUCUAAAUAAAAGAGUAAAGUAAGUGGCACAUGGCAUAUUAGAGCAAAUCUAUGCUAUAUAAACACAAAUAAGGAAUCAAUUCUCCAAUGAAAAAUUUCAAAGGGCUAUUCUCUCCAAGUCCCCCAUGGAACACUAAUUUGUUGAGUUUGUCUAUUGGAAACUGCAGAGCUCCCGUGGACUAUUAGGGAAAGCGUGUUUGAAAUAGCCAUGGCAAUAUGUUUCUGCAGUACGGUAGCAUAUUGUCAAUGGUAAAACCCCUAUCGAACAGUCAGUGACUUCCUUCUUAGUUGAAGCAAGUAAGUUCGGAGGAAAA